AUGGCAGUGCCGCAGGCGGCUCCAGCGGCAGAGGAGGUUGGUGCCGGGCAGGCGACUGCCUUCACUGUGGCCUACGGAGGCUAUGACAACUACUACCGAAGCGAUGACGUGGUGGCAGGCAGCCAACCCGGCAUCUCCACGCCUGCACCCUCGUCCUUUGCAGGCGUGCUGCUGCUCACCCAGCCGGGCGUGCGGCUGCCCGACGGCGCGGGCGUGCGCUUCCUGGCUGCCUUCCCCGAUGCCAACUCCGGAGCAGUUGCCUACUUCAACGCCACCGAGGGCCCCUCCACCGACCUGGUCAUCGAGCUGGACAACACAACCUUCACCAGCACCAUGGGCCCAGGCAACACUGUGGGCCUCACGGGCACGCUGGUGUUCAACCGCAAUGCCACGCUGUACCGCGCCGUGGUGGGCAGCAUCCGCACCGUGCGCGACUAUGUGGAAGGCCCCCGCAUCAUCCGCCCCAUCUUUGCUCACACCACUACCCAGCAGGACAGCUCGGUGGUGCUGCACAGGGAGUACAUGAACGGCACAGGCUCCAACACGCUCGUCUUUGCACCGGCAGACGACUCUACCGAGCUGACGCUGCUACCCGAUGGCAAUUUCACUGUGGGACUGGUCCCUGGUGCACCCGAGGGCCGAGUGGCCUUCACAGUGCUUGUGAGCUGGUCCCCGCACCUGCGUUCUUUCCAGCCCGACCAGCUGCUGGCUGAAGGUCAGCGCGGCAUCGCAAACACCCCGCAGGUCACACAGCUCAGCUUCCUAACGUAUCCAGAGAAACUGCUGGCGGGCAGUUGGCGCUUCCUGACCUACUUUGGCAGGCGGGUGGGGCGUAUGCGGGACAGCCUGAUCGCUGCACGCCUCAUGAUGAGCCGCCUGGCCUCUGCGGCCACCGAGGCGGCGCUGGGCGCGGCCCUAGCCAACCUCAACCUCCAGCAGGGCUACUAUCAGUACAACGGCCAGGACUUCAUCCCGGUGGGCACCGUGUGCCACGAGGAGACUCUGGGCGACUAUGCCAGCUGGACCAACAUCCAGGAGGGCACCCCCGAGCUGGGUGGCAGGCUGUGGUGCGAUUACAAGAUGAUUGACACCGACUUCCUGCUGCUUCCCUUUCUGGCGCAGUACUUCCUCAACACAUCUCAAGGAGCCGACCGGGCACCUGCCUUCCUGGAAAGCACGGUGCCGCCUGCUGGCGGCACGGCGCUGAACCUCAACAGCGCCUAUGGCGAGCUGCUGGAUGCCAACGCCAACCUGGUGCUGGAGCUGGCCCGCCCCUUUGCCACCAACCAGACCGUGGACACCCUCAUCAGCCUCCGCCCAGGGCAGCUGGUCGGCAACUGGCGCGACAGCGAGGCGGGGCUGGGAAUGGCCACCAUCCCCUAUGACGUCAACACCGCCCUGGUGCCCGCCGCCCUGCGCGCCAUCCAGGAGCUGGCGGCCGCCGGCAUCUUGGACCCUGCCAUGGAGGCAGAGGCAGCUGAGCUGGCGACGGUAUGGGAGACCCAGACUGCGCCCUUCUUUGAGAUCACCGUGCCAGCCGCAGAGGCAGAGGAGAUGGUCGGCGCCUACAGCCGCGACCUUGGCGUCCCGUCACCCGUGACACGCCAGGCUGGCAGUACCGCCGCAAACCUCACCUUCUACGCGCUGGCGCUGCACCCCAACGGCACCCAGGCGCGCUGGAGCAGCUGGGGCACCGCGAAACCCUCGGCUGCAGUUGGAUCUGACGUGUGCGACCGACCGUUGAUCCUUCGCCAUGCCUUGUGGCGGUCGAUGCAGGUGCCUGUGAUGCACUCCGACGUGGGGUUCAACCUGCUGUACCAAUCCAACGUACCCGAGGAGAUCAUCCGCUCCGUCCCCACCCUGCUGUCUGAGUUCCCCGGCGGCCUGCUGACGCCCGCAGGCAUGGUAGUUGCCAACCCGGCCUACAGCGCCCUGGCGUCGCCGCCUGUGGCCAGGCAGCUGUAUGCCAACACCAGCGCCGGGGCGUAUCAUGGCACAGUCGUGUGGGGAUUCCAGCAGGCGUUGAUGGUGGAAGGAGUGGAGCGUCAGCUGGCCCUGUGCCAGUCGGCCUCCCCGCCCGACUGGUGCGACGACCAGAACCUGGUGGAUGAGCUGAGGGCCGCACUGGACCGUCUGUGUGGGGUCAUCACCAGCAACCCGACAGUCGCCUUUUCAGAGGCGAGCCCGGCUGCCAGCUGGCUCGGCACCAUGCACUGA